AUGGGAAAGAGUGCCGAGCAUCUGGCUCUCGGCCAAUUCUUCGCCAUGACAUUCAUUCCGCUUAUGGGCAUAUUCGGAAGUGUGCACCUGUUUGCUAUGCUAGAUGGAAGAUAUGUAUCUCUAGCUGUCCGUGGGAUCAUAGCGGGGUAUGCUAUGCUUGUGGCUACGUACGGAACGGUGAUGCACACCUUCUUCACAG